AUGGCGUCGAUUCGACGGACGCUAUCUCCGGCGUAUCACGACCGUCACCACUAUAUCAACACCGUCUUUUCGUCUUCCUCUCCGUCGCACAAACUUCCUUCUUCAAACGCUAACUACUCUGUACUAGCUUCGUCGUUUCAGAAAUUAAUCGGUAGCGUUUUCAUGCGACGCUACAAUCGGAAGGGACAAUGGCGACGGAUUGCUUACAGGUGCGUGAUUUUCUUCUUCGCUGGGAUUUUGUUAGGAAUGUUUCCGUUUGGUAAUCUUGUUCAUGAUAUUCCUCAUCAACGUAACGAGAAAAUCAAUUUCGAUGUCAAAACUCCUCUCGCCGACGACGACGCUCAGUUAGUUCUCGAUGAUCGUGUUCCGGUAAAGCGCGCCGGUGCUGGAGGCGCCGGCGCCGGCGCCGAUAUCGGUUUUGUGAUUGAUCCUGUGAGUUUGAGCUUGAGGAUGAAAGAUGAGAAGGUGAAAGUGAAAGCGAGGGAUUUGGUUGAAUCUGAGGGGAUUGAUUUUGUGACUAGGAAGCAAUUGAUUGUGGUGACACCGACUUAUAACCGUGCUUUUCAGGCCUAUUUUUUGAAUAGGUUAGGGCAGGUUUUGAGAUUGGUGCCGUCGCCGGUUUUAUGGGUGGUGGUGGAGAUGAAUUCUGCUUCUAUGGAGACUGCUGAGUUGUUGAGGAAAACGGGUGUGAUGUAUAGGCAUUUGGUGUGUGGUAAGAAUUCGACUGAUUUGAAGGAUAGAGGGGUUCAUCAGAGGAAUACGGCGUUGGAGCAUAUUGAACAUCAUAAGCUUGAUGGGAUUGUUUACUUUGCGGAUGAUGAUAAUGUGUAUUCUCUUGAGUUGUUUGAGACUAUUAGAGAUAUCAGUCGUUUUGGUACUUGGCCUCUCGCCAUGCUUGCACCAAGCAAAAACAAGGCUAUUUUGGAGGGUCCGGUAUGCAAUGGAAGCCAAGUGGUUGGGUGGCAUACAAAUGAGAAAAGUAAAAGACUUCGAAGAUUUCAUGUUGAUAUGUCUGGAUUUGCAUUCAACAGCACAAUCCUGUGGGAUCCCAAGCGGUGGCGACGCCCUACUUCAAAGCCUAUACGGCAAUUAGACUCAGUGAAGGAGGGUUUUCAGGAGACUACCUUCAUAGAACAAUUGGUAGAAGAUGAGAGGCAAAUGGAAGGUUCGCCUACUGGUUGUAAGAAAAUAAUGAAUUGGCAUCUCCAUUUGGAUGUUCAUAAUGUAGUUUAUCCAAAGGGUUGGAUGCUUGAGAAAAACCUAGAUGCUGUCAUUCCCAUCAAGUAA